AAAUUACAUUGGUACUGGUAUUAAAUAAUUUGACAAAUACUGAACCAUUUCAAUCUUUAAAUUCAACAGAUAAUAAUGAUAGUCAAACAAUGCAAUUAUUCAAGCAUUAUAAAUUAAUUUUAAAUGAUGCAUUAAAAAUCAUAAAAGAACAAGAAAAUAUUG